AUGUCGCAAUAUUCAGAGGAAGAUACCAAUUCACUUUCAUCAGCUUCACUUUCAUCAGUGUCCCUUCAAAAUGAAGUUAAUCCGGUUACACAAGACACAAAGUCAUCAGGGAAAAACCAAGCAUUUUCAAAAUAUGAGCAGCGGACUCCAGUUUUGAUUGCUGCCCAGAAGUCAGCAGGAGAAGGCCGUGAUUUUCAGCAGGAAAGAUCGAGAACAAGUAUAGAUUCUGAAAACUAUCAACCAGAUAAUUAUCUUGGUGAUACUGACAUAGAGAAAAACGGUGAUGCUGGAAUGUCCAAACCGGGUCUUCAGAAAACGUCCACACGUGCGUCUUUGAUGAGGAAGAUUACAAAAAUUGAGCUUAACGAGUCGCAGAUAGUGCCGAAUGAUGCAAGAAGGGGAAUUCUCUGUCAAUUUGAACUGAUACCGGAGUAUAAGGAUGCAAGGGAGCUUCCCAGAAACUUGCGUGGCUUUUUCACUUUUAUAAUAGCAUAUAUUGCCAUGAUUGGGCCUAUGGGAACAAGUAUCCUUUUCCCUGCCACUGAUAAUGCUGUGAAUGAUUUGAAAACUACGGUUUCCGUGUUUAACGUGGCUGUUGGUAUAUAUUUGGUGACACUAGGUGUGAUUCCAAUGUGGUGGUCUAACUUUAGUGAAAGAUGGGGCAGGAGAUCUAUUUACAUCGUGAGCUUUAUUUUGUAUGUGGGAUUUACCAUCGGGUGUGCUCUCUCGAGAAAUGUCGUUCAGCUUAUCAUAUUCAGAAUUUUUUCUGGAGGUUGUGCUGCUAGUGUUCAAGCAGUGGGUGCUGGAACAGUUACAGAUAUGUAUACCAUAACUGAGAGGGGAACGGCAAUGGGUGUUUUUUAUCUUGGUGUUUUAGCAGGUCCACUUCUUGCACCAAUUGUAGGUGGUGCUAUUACAAGUAAUCCAAGCUUAGGAUGGAGAGCAACACAAUGGUUCCUUGUAAUAUUGGCAGUAUGCGGAAUUGUAAUGGUUGUUCUGUUUCUACCAGAGACUCUACGAAGGCAAGAAAGCAGAGAGGCAAUUCGGAAAUUACUUCGAAAGAGAAGAGACCAGGUCACACCCGAAUCAACUUUGGAUGUGGAAUCGAAGGCCGAUAUUGAAGGAAGAACAAAGAAUAAGAAAUUACAGCCAGCAACUAGAUCACCAGCAAAACCUUUAAGGCGGCUGAACACUCGCCGAAGCUCAUUUUCCUCAAUAUCGAAGGUGGAUCUCGAAGAUCCAGAGCAGGAAGACACACAUCUUGAUAGAAUCAUCUCAAGAUUAUCUGUUCAAGCUUCCGCGAUAGUAAAAGACGAAGAUGAGGAUGAGGAUGAAUCUUUGCAGAACGACAGAUUGCAAACAAGUGAUGCUGCUGCACCAUUAACGAGAGUCCGCACAACAGGAACGUUUAAACCGAAGAAAAAUAAGGAGCGGAAGCUUGAAAAACAGAUAACGACUCUUCAGGAUGUUCAGAAAGGAGGAUUCUGGAAGAAAACAGGCUACUAUUUCAAGAUUUACGGUUGGGGACCCUUGAAGGCAUUUGUAUUUUUGCGAUAUCCACCUGUUGCACUCACAAUUGUUUAUUCCGCACCAUGCUUUGCCGCAUUGUACGUUUUAAACAUGUCUUUAACAUACUGCUAUUCAAGACCACCAUACAAUUUUGGGCCAAUGCUUGUGGGUUUGGUCUAUAUUCCGAACUCCGUGACAUACUUUAUUGCCUCAGUGUGGGGAGGAAAGUUUAACGACUAUUUAUUGAAACGCAAGAUCAAGAAAUACGGCGUUGUUGCACCCGAGGCAAGAUUUGGCAUCAACGUUUUCACUGCAGCUGUCCUUCUUCCAUUGUCUCUUCUUAUAAGUGGCUGGUGUCUCGAUAAACAUGAGCAUUGGGUUACACCCUUAAUUGGAACAGCUCUUUUUGGGUUUGCGCAGAUGAUCGUUAUUGGAAUUACAAUUACCUAUUUGUCUGAUUGCUUGCCUGGGAGAGGUGCAACUGGCGUUGCUAUUAAUAAUUUCAUUAGACAGUUAAUGGCGGCUGGAGUUACAUUUGCGACCGCACCAUUAAUCAAGGCUAUAGGUGUUGGACCUCUUUUUUCGAUCUGUGCAGGAAUAACUGCAAUUUUGAUGGUGAUCCUAGUGAUUAUUGUGAAAAGGGGUGAUCAUUGGAGAGAAACGUACGAUUUGGAGAAAUUAUAUGAUAUAGUAGACAGUUAA